CUCCGGUGACAUCAUACCAGGAAAUGGAUGUUGAGAGCUGAGAAGCAACACAGGGGCACUGAGGCUGGCAAGUAGGGGGUUUGCUCUAGUAGUCACACACUCAGCUGUGCCCAGGGGCACUAGUCAUGCUGCGGGACUGCCUCUCACUGUAGCCCCAAGCUGCCCCCAGGCUCUGUACCUCAUACCCCAGUACUGGGAAGCACCAAGCAGCCGGCCAGGCAGGGCGCCCAGCUCUUCCUCUCACUCACACACUCACACACUGACAGACAGACACGCCCCCGGCUCUGCAUAUGACACACCAGGAUGCCUCCCCUGGCAGGGCCGGCUGGGCACCGCCACCCUCACACACGCAGAUAUGUGGCCCCUGGGAGAUGAAGGAACGCUUGGGAACUGGGGGAUUUGGUUAUGUCUUGCGCUGGAUUCACCAGGAUACUGGUGAGCAAGUGGCAAUAAAGCAGUGCCGGCAGGAGCUGAGCCCUAAGAACCGAGAGAGAUGGUGCCUGGAAAUCCAGAUCAUGAAAAAGUUGAAUCACCCUAAUGUGGUCUCUGCCCGUGAAGUUCCUGAUGGGCUACAGAAACUGGCCCCCAAUGACCUCCCCCUUCUGGCCAUGGAAUACUGUGAGGGGGGUGACCUGCGCAAGUAUCUGAAUCAGUUCGAGAAUUGCUGUGGCCUUAAGGAGGGACCCAUACUGACUCUGCUCAGUGAUAUUUCCUCUGCCCUUCGAUACCUCCAUGAGAACAGGAUAAUCCACAGAGAUCUGAAGCCAGAGAACAUUGUUCUGCAGCCAGGACCCCAGAGACUGAUCCAUAAAAUUAUUGAUUUGGGAUAUGCCAAGGAGCUUGAUCAGGGGAGUCUAUGCACAUCCUUUGUGGGUACCCUGCAGUAUUUGGCCCCAGAAUUACUAGAGCAGAAGAAGUACACAGUGACUGUUGAUUACUGGAGUUUUGGGACACUAGCCUUUGAAUGUAUAACAGGAUUCCGACCUUUCCUUCCCAACUGGCAACCUGUUCAGUGGCAUGGAAAAGUGCGAGAGAAAAGCAAUGAGCACAUUGUGGUAUACGAGGACCUGAUGGGAGCAGUAAAGUUCUCCAGUGUCUUACCAACACCCAAUCAUCUGAACAGCAAGCUGGCUGGCAAGUUGGAACACUGGCUACAAUGCAUGCUAAUGUGGCACCAGAGACAGAGAGGCACAGAUCCACAGAACCCUAAUGUUGGUUGUUUCCAGGCCUUGGAUUCCAUCCUAAGCCUUAAGCUGUUGUCUGUACUGAACAUGGUGUCUGGCAAGGUGCACACUUACCCGGUGUCAGAGAAUGAAAACCUGCAGAAUCUGAAGAGUCGCCUGGAGCAAGACACAGGGAUUCCUGAGGAAGAGCAGGAACUAUUGCAGGCAUCAGGAUUGGCCCUUAAUCCUGCCCAGCCUCUAACCCAGUUUGUGGUAGACUGCACGGUCAAUGAUGGGCGCCAGGGCGAGGGUGAUCUGAUAUUUCUAUUUGAUAACCGGAAGACUGUAUAUGAGCCCCAGAUAUCACUGCCGGCACAUCCCGAGAGUGUCACCGUUAUAUUGCAGGAUCCCAAGCGGCCCCUCACUUACACCCACCUUCGCCGCGUGUGGGGGCAGACCUGGCAGACAAUACGAGCGAUGAAAGAGGAUUGUGCCCGUCUGCUUCAUGGGCAGCGUACCUUUAUGGUAAACCUGCUGCGAUACAAUACUGAACUUUCCAAAAAGAAGAACCUCAUGACUUCUGAGUUUGAGCAGCUAAAGGCCAAACUGGAUUUCUUCCGGAACAGUAUCCAGAUUGAUCUAGAAAAAUACAGUGAACAGAUGGAGUUUGGAAUCACUUCUGAAAAGCUCCUGUCAGCCUGGAGAGAGACGGAGCAAACAGUGGAACUGUGCGGCAGGGAGAGGGAAGUGCAGGCUCUUGUGGAUAAAAUGAUGGCUUUACAAACAGACAGUGUAGAUCUGCAGAGAAAUCCAUUAGGCAGGAAACACCGAGGGACACUGGAUGACCUAGAAGAACAGGCUAAAGAUUUAUAUCGGCGGUUACGGGAGAGACCUAGAGAUCAAAGGACAGCAGGAGACAGCAAUGAAAUGGUGCGCCUCCUAAUUCAAGCCAUCCAGAGCUUCGAGAAGAGAGUCAUCCUUAUAUAUGACCAACUCAGUAAGACUGUGGCGUGCAAGCACAAAGCCCUAGAACUAUCCCCAAAGGUGAAAGAGGUGAUGAACCUAAUGAGAGAAGAUGAAAAAAUGGUGGUAAAGAGGCAAGAGAAGAGACAGCAGGAGCUGUGGAACCUGCUAAAGAUUGCUUGUAGCAAAGUCCGUGGCCCUGUGAGUGGUAGCCCAGAUAGCUUGGGCACAUCUCGAAUGCCUGGCCCAAGCCAACUGCUUUCCCAGCCUCCUGCCCUCUCUGCCAGUCUAGCCCAAGAGUAUGUGAAGAAAAGUGAAGAUCUUCUCUCUGAGUCUUUGAAACUGUGCAGGCAAAUGGAAACUUCAAUGAUGGGCUUUAUGAAGGAACAAGACAGUAGUCUCAUGUCCUUAGAUUGGUCGUGGCUAUCGCAGCAAGAGGAGGCAUCUGGCACAUCACCCAUUACAACCACGUGAGACGCGGAAACAGCAGAUGUAUCGGACGCAAUGGAACUGUGCCUUUAAAUCAUAUAUCUCUAGGAUUUAUGCAGAAAAAGCACUUAACCAUGCCAACACAUACUUUGCCUUUUGUCAAGGACUGUUAUAUUAAACAUUCAGAAGCCAUGACUGGCUGAUCAAACUCUAGCCAUUUUGUGAGGGUCUCAUACAGAUAACCUUGUGUGCUUACAGCUGCUCAGUGCAGAACCACUGGAGAAUAUUACAGACAAGGCUGUUAUCAGGGAAAAAUUGCAGUGUAGGAUUGUAAAAUAAUAUUUUUAUAUAUCCACUUAUCAGAGUGUAUUCAUAUGUUUAAUUUUUACAUGUUAAACUUCAAAGAAAUGCCUGUGAAUAAAUAAGCUUUUACCAAAAUA